AUGGUUGAUCAUAGCACGUCUCUGAAUGGGGAAAGAGUAAAGGGUUUGUUGGAAGAAUUUGGUAAUCAGUUGGUUAAUUCAACUCCUUAUUACGCUCAAUCCAAUGGGCAAGCUAAAUCGUCCAAUAAAGCCUUAAAAAAUAUUAGAAGAAAAAUGGUUGAACAAAAUGCCAAACAGUGGCAUGAAACUUUAGCACAGGCUUUAUGGGCACACAGAAUGAGUCCUCGUUCAGUUACUAGCGGUUACACCUUUUCAAUUGGUGUACGAGGCUUUAUGGGCACACAGAAUGAGUCCUCGUUCAGAAGUAGUGUUGCCCGUGGAAAUAAAUGUUCAAUCAAUGCGAGUAGCUUUACAGAACUAAGCAAAGAUGAUUAUACUAAGGCCAUGAUGCAAAAUUUAUUAGAGUUAGACGAAGUCAGGUUAGAUGCAUUAAAUAGGAUUGAAGUGCAAAGACUAAAAUAG